AUGCCUCUACACGAUGUUCUCCGCCAGCGUUUGCAGCCGCUCACCUCCACCGUCACCUCCAACCGCAUCUUCCUCUAUUCCGUCUUCUCCACUUUCGCAGUAGCAGCUACCAUCGCGAACGCAUGCAGGGCACACAGCAACUUCUACUCCGUCUCCAUCUAUCUCGCCAAGAGCAGUCGGAGUGUCCUGAUCCUCGCGAACUUCGGCUUCCUCUGCGCCCUCCUCUCCGGUCGCAUAUUUCAACGCAUAUUCUUCGGCCCUCUCCAACCCCGGGAAGUUGAGCGUUUGUACGACCAAACAUGGAUGUUCGUCACCGAGUCCCUCCUCGCCUUCACCAUCUUCCGAGACGAGUUCGACGUCCCCUUCCUCCUCAUGUUUGGCUUCCUCCUCUUCGUCAAGUGCUUCCACUGGCUUAUGGCAGACCGCGUUGAAUCAAUGGACCAAACGCCCUACCCCGGGCCUCCCACUCUCUUCCAUGUCCGUAUCAACGCCCUUUUCGGUGUCCUCUGGGCCAUCGACAUCACCAUGUUUGCCUUCGCAGUCGAGAGUACGCUCACGAACGGCGUCGGUGGUAUGGUCCUGUUCGCAAGCGAGUAUGCCAUUCUACUCGCGAGCGCCUUGAAUGCCAUGCUGCGCUACGCGCUUUCCAUUCUCGACCUACGCAGAGCACGCACGCGCGGUGGUGAGAACGCCCCACCUUGGGAAAACAAGAGCAUGUACAUCUUCUACAUUGAACUCCUCACCGACUUCCUGAAGCUAGCAACGUACAUGACCUUCUUCAUGAUCAUCCUCACCUUCUACGGCCUCCCGCUAAACAUUAUCCGCGAUGUGUUCGUCACCGCGCGCUCGUUCAUCACCCGACUCCGGGCGCUCGUCCGUUACCACAACGCGACCCGCGACAUGGACCGGCGCUACCCCGACGCGACAGAAGCCGAGCUCGUGGAAAUGUCUGACCGCACAUGCAUCAUCUGUCGUGAGGAGAUGCACUCGCGCGCUGCACCCGCACCCGCAGCGGCUGCCGCCGAUCAAGCUGCCAAUGGCGAUCCCCAGCAGCAGCAGCAACCGCCCGCUGAUGGGCCCAAUAUGACGCCCAAGAAGCUCCCGUGCGGGCACAUCUUUCACUUCCAGUGCCUUCGCUCCUGGCUUGAGCGCCAACAGAGCUGCCCUACCUGCCGCCGCACCGUCCUCGACAACAACACGCCACAGAAUGCACAGCAGGCGCCCGGGCAAGCUCCGCGCCAACAGGGCGCGGCGCGUCCACGGCCUGGAGCCGCUCCCGUCCCUGGUGUAGCCCCAGGCGGCGCGGUCGCAGGCAACGGGCCCCUCGGAUGGGUUGGCCGCUUCCUCGGGCUGCCGCAGGCACCUGCGUUGAACGCUCAGUUCCCAGGCGCGCAAGGCCAGCCGCAGGGACCAUUCCCGCAGGGCCCUGCGCACCAGCAGCAGCCCGGAUUCCCGCCGCCGCCUCCAGGAUGGUUCCAGGCAGGAGCAGGGUUCCCGCCACAGCAGGGUCAGCAGCAGCCAAACGCGAACGCGUUCGCCGACUACAUGCAGCGGUUCCAGCACGACGCGGGCUUUCCGCCGCAACGUUUUCCGGGAGACGGCGGCUUCGCGGGCCAGCCAUUCCCGCCCCCGCAGUUCAUCCCGAUGCAGCAGCCUCCCCCGUUCAACGGCUUCUGGGGGCCUCAGAACGCGUGGCAGCCGUGGGGCGACCCUCGUGCGUUUGGACAGCAGCCGCCCGCGCCUGCGCAACCGCAACCUGGACAACAGCACGAACAGGAGUCCGCACCUACGCAACCGCAACCGCAACAAGUACCUAGACCCCCAUCAGUCGCGGCGCCAACGAGUGAGGCGGCGAUCCCUCAGGGUGAGGGCUCGCAAGCGCCCACGCCCACACCCACCGCGUCUCUACCGUCCUCGUUCACGUCAGAGACGAAUACGAGCGCGGUGAACGCUGGAAAUAUGGACGCGCGCCGAGCCGCUGCAUUGGCUGCAUUCCGGCGCCUGAACCCGAACGCGGCUGCGGAAGCACCUGCGGCGCCCACGCAGACUACCGAGCCUGGGCCGAGUGCACCUCUCGCAGAAGCCGCAAUUGCGUCGUCUUCGACCUCGACCACGCCAUCCACACCAGCCGUUGCCGACCCAUCUGCGCCUGCACCCACACCGACCGUCCCUGCCGUCGACCCCGCACCAGGCCAGCCACAACCCACACCGACGACGCAGACACCCGGGCACCUGCCUUCUCUCAUUCCGCUGUACGACACGAGCCUCGCCCCCACUCCGCGUCUCCCCGGCGCGCCGCCUUACGCCGCGCCCUACAACUACACCCACCCCGCCUACAACCACUUCUACCGCGCGCCCACGCUACACCCCUCCGCCCCGCGCCCAUCCGCGUCUUCGCGCCCGUCUGCAUCUUCCGCGCAAAGUCAGAGCCAGAACCAAAUCCCGCGCUCGGCGCGCGCCGGGCCGGGCGGGUCGCGCACGCCGCUGGGCCAGCUGCCGCCGACGCUGACGGAGGACCAGCUGGCGCGGCUGGACCGGCUGACGCGCGAGGCGAUCGACGAGCGGCUGCGCGUGCUCGAGGGCGUGUCGGGCGCGGUGUACCGGUGCAUGGAGGAGCUGACGCGUGUGCGGAGCGUGUUGCCGAUGCCGGCGAGGAGGGCGGGGCAACAGGCGGGAGGAUCGUCGAGCUCGGCCGCGCCGACACCGACGCCCACGGUCGAUGCGGGCUCGGAGGGUUCGGGUGUGCAGUCUCGGGUGCCGGCGAAGGACGAGGUGCACGAGGUCUCGGCGGAGUCUUCGGAGAGCGCUACACCGAGCGAGGACGGGUCUGCGCAGUCGGAAACAGGCGAGGCGAAUGGUUCAGCACUGGGCGCGAAUGCGCGGGAGGUCGCGGAGUAGCACGGUUCGUAGUAAGCCUCGACGGCUGUGUAAUUAUCGUACAAGGGCACUAUGUACACUACCAUCUCGCUAGGUGUACGUGCAAAUGCCUGCUGGAUU